AUGGCUACCAAGGCAAAAAAGCCUGCCGUGAGCGGCCCGGUGCCCGAGGGCUACGAGUUCGGCGGACCUCUCGGUGCCGCUGCUAUAUCGUUCGGUCUCCCGGUGUUAAUGUACGCCUUUAUCUUCCUUUGCAACGACAUCUCAGGCUGCCCACCCCCAUCCCUGCUCGACCCGAAGAAUCUCGAUCUCGAACAAUUGAAGCGCGAAGUUGGCUGGCCGGCAGAAGGUCUCCGCGGAGUGUUUGACUUGAACGUUACCCUCUACGUACUUGGCUACUACCUAGUGAAUGCGCUGCUCUACGGAAUCCUUCCCGUGAGCGAGGUUCAGGGAACGGAGCUUGCGACUGGAGGCCGUCUUACGUAUCGAUUCAACGCGUUUACAUCGCAUGCAAUCAUACUCGCCGUAUGUGUGGCCGGAACGAUCAAUUCCGGUGCCAACUGGAUACUUUGGACAUACAUCAGCGACAACUACCUCCAGAUCUUCACCGCGAACCUCCUAAUUGCGACCUCCCUAGCCACUUUUGUCUACGUACGUAGUUUCAGUGUUAAAGCCGGAAACAAAGACAUGCGCGAACUAGCCGCAGGUGGGCAAACUGGCAACCUGAUCUAUGACUGGUAUAUCGGCCGUGAGCUUAACCCUCGCAUCACCCUUCCUAUCAUCGGGGAGAUGGAUAUCAAGGUUUGGAUGGAGUUGCGACCUGGUAUGCUUGGCUGGCUCCUUUUCAACGCUUCCUGGGUGGCCCAGCAGUAUCGCAACUUUGGCUACGUCACCGACAGCAUUAUAUUCAUCACCGGUAUCCAGUCCCUGUACAUCAUUGACUCGUGGUAUAAUGAAUCCUCCAUCCUCACGAUGAUCGACAUCACUAUGGACGGCUUUGGGUUUAUGUUGUCAUUCGGCGACCUUGCGUGGGUGCCGUUCCUUUACUCAACGCAGGCGCGCUACCUCUCCAUCUACCCCGCCACUCUAGGCCCUGUGGGCAUCGCCGCCAUGCUUGCCGUGCUCGGCACCGGUUUCUACAUCUUCAGGUCCUCUAACAACGAGAAGAACCUAUUCCGCACGAGCCCCAACGACCCUCGCGUUUCCCACUUGGAGUACAUCCAGACGAAGACGGGCAGCAAGCUUCUCGUUACCGGGUGGUGGGGCACCGCGCGUCACAUCAAUUAUUUCGGCGACUGGAUCCAAGGUUGGCCCUACAGCUUGCCCACUGGCAUCGCCGGCUACCAGAUUCUCGCGGCCGGCUCGGGGCCGCCGGCGCCCACAUCUUGGCCGACGGAAGAGAGGUGGUCCAAGGUGCCGCGAGGGGCUGGGGUAUGA